AUGAUGCUCUAUUGCAUAAAUAACAGCACUACAUUAGAUGAGAUUCGUAUCUCGUUUUUUGAGCCCCACCACGGACAAAGUGAAGGGGAUAGUGCACAUAGUGCCAUAGGAUAUGCCGUUAAGGGAGCGGGAGAUAUUUUUAUACCCUCACAAUUAACAAGUAUAAUAAGACUGGCUAGACGCAAACACCCUUACAAUGUAGAAGGGAUGAAUCCUGAAAAGUUUCUAGCUUUCAAGGAACUGUCUAAAAAUCUACGAAUCCUGACCAUUCGAAAGUGUGACAAUUCCAGUGACACCGUCGACUGGACAAAGUGUGCCCUAUUGGGCAAUGGCAAUUUAAUCUUCCAAAUUUAUGUUGUAAAAUUAAAUUUCCAACGAUAUUUAGAAAUUUUAAACGAACAUAAUAAUAAUAUAUCCGAUGGUUUUUUGGACGACUUAACGCUGAAUGAGAAUCGAGUUAUAUUUUUUCAAUACGAUGGGGCAACUCCUCACAAUACUAGAAACGUCUCUGAAUUGUUAAAUCUUUAUUUUAGAGACACAUGGAUAGGGACAAAGGAACCGUUAUUGGUCGCUGCAACGUUUGCAGCUUCUUUGUUCGAACCGAAAGAAGAUAAUUUAAACAACUACGAUUUAGAAAAACAUUUUAAUGAAAAUGAUAACAUAACUGUUACGGAUAUAAUCACUACACCUAUACGGCUUAUAUUUAGGAUAAUAUGGUGCCUUUUCACAAUACCUUUUCGCUUUCUUGGAAAUAUUUUAGACAAAUUAACUUAGCUAA